UUGUAAUUUUCAUUUUAAUUGUAGAUUCAGAUAUUAUAAAGUAAACUAUGAUCAAGAACACUACUAUAAACAAUAUCAAUUGAAUGUACAUUUAAUGCUUAAACUUCAGAAUUGUUAAGAUUUCCAUCCCUAUAAUAGGCACUACACCAAGAAAGAAACAGCUAAAAGACCAUGCUGUCCCAAGUAUCUUUCCAUGGCGACAAUGUAAGCAGUCAUUCAAAGAAUCUGAAGAUGGCACAUUGAGGUCUGGAAGGGGGUACAUCAACACUGGCACAGCAGUUGAGGACAUGGGCGGUGAAGCUGAUGGUGCAUCUUUCCUUCCAAAUGAAGAUUCUGUGUGUAAUGUGGAGAGUGAAGUCACCAUUGAGACAGAUGUUCAUCCUAAUGCACUACUCUCCUCUUUUGCACCAAGUAACUCCAAUUUCCCCCCAUCAUUUCCGGUGAACUCCAGCACACAGACGCCACAAAGACCCAUUUUUAGUAUUGAAAACUUUGUCAAUGACAAUGCUGGUAUUAUGUUUUAUACUGGUCUUUCUUCAUAUCAAGAUUUUUUAUUUGUCCUGUGGACACUUGGUGAAGCUGCAUACAAUCUUAAUUAUCUAUAUUCUCAGGUUGAUAAUGUGAGUGUUCCUGAUCAGUUUUUUUUAACACUGAUCAAGCUUAGACAGCAUAAGAUUAACUUUGAACUGAGUAGGCUUUUUAGCAUUUCAGAGUCCUCUGUAUCCAAUAUCUGGAUUACAUGGGUGAAUUUUAUGUUUCACCAGUGGAGAGAAGUUGACUUGUGGCCAGAGAGAGAUCUCGUCAGGUAUUAUACACCAACUGACUUCAACAGGCAGUUUCCUACUACUAGGGUGAUCAUCGAUGGGACUGAAUGUCCUGUGAUGAAGCCAAAACCACCCAGAGCACAGCAGAGCACCUUUUCCACCUAUAAAAAUAGAAACACAGUUAAAGUUUUAGCUGGAGCAACACCGGGUGGUUUAGUUUCUUACCUUUCCCCAGCAUAUGGGGGUUCAACUUCUGAUAGGCAAAUAGUUGAAAGAUCAAGACUUACAACAUUAUGUGACAAGGGGGACAGCAUAAUGGCUGACAAAGGGUUUAAUGUUCAAGACCUUUUUGCACCCUAUGAUGUUACUGUAAAUAUGCCUACUUUUUUUAAGAACAGAAACAGAAUGUGUGGGAAAACUAUUCAAAGAGACCGCAAAAUUUCAAGUAAACGUGUACAUAUUGAACGAAUUAUUGGUUUGGCAAAGACUUACAAAAUUCUUACUCAACCUCUAAAUACAACUGAAACAAAACUUGCCUUUGAAAUCAUAUUCAAUUGUUUCAUGCUUUGUAAUUUCAGGCAGUGUAUUAUUCCAAAAAAUGCUUAAGAACAUGUACCAACAAGUUCACUGGUAAUCUCAGUUGAGAUUCCACUCAGCUGAUAUUUGGACUGAUGCCUUCGUCAAAUCGUGGAACAGCCCUUCGUAAUUUAUGUCUGGAAAUAAUUCCCCAACAUCUAUACAUUAUUGCAAUUUAAUUAACAAUUUUUUAAGGACUUGCCUAGGUAUUCCCAAUUCAGUUCUCAUUUCAUGUGUUUCUUACCCUUGCAAAAUUCAAAACUAAACAGGUUUCAAAACUUGAUAUGAAUUUGGCAGCUAUUGCAUUCAUUUCCAGUGUCAGACUGGAAAGCUUUGCAUCAGGGUGCAUUCACUGCAUAGCACCUUUAAACACUGUUUUCAUUAUUGUCAAAUAACUGCCAAAUUCAUAUACAAAUUUUGCAUCAUAUAUACAUCAGCUGAGUCAAAUCUCAACUAAGAUUACAACAAGCGACACUUUACAGUAACCACAAUGUCUGUCAGUCAGUUGACUACUACUAGUGUACCUAUGUGGGAAAUACUAACCUUUGAGAAGUAUCAUUGUUUUGAUAUAGUACUUGUUUGUUA